CGAAUAUUGUUUAAACAACAAUAAAAAAACGACGUUUUUUACAAAACGAAAAAUUUAUAAUCUUAAGUGUAUAAUUCAAAAAUUGAAAUAAAAGGUUUUAAUAAUGAAGUUCGCCAUUGUCUUGACUAUUGCAAUUUGUGCAAUAAUAAAUGUUAAUCCAUCGCCAAUUCAUCCAGAUCAUUUUUCUAUACUACCAGCUUCAUAUCAAAUUGAAUACAUAGCGCAAAAUGGAAUUGUCCAAAAGUUAAUUGAAAUUAUUCAAAAUGUUAUAAAAAAAACUCAAGCAAUUCUUCAGGAUAUUUUGUCUAAACUUGAAGAUAUAAUUCAAUCUAUUGGUGAUAAAAUUCAAAAGAUAAUUGAUGAAUCUAAAGAAAUUAUUGAUGGAAUUGCUAAUGGUUUAAUCAAUAAAUUAGAAGAAAUCGCUAAAAAGGAUGAACUAUCAAGACUAUGUGUUGAAAAAAGCCGUCCCGAUUUGGAUAUUGCUAUUGCUAAACACGGAUUAUCAAUCGAAGAAUGUCGGGAAAAUGCUGUCAAACAAAUACAAAAUAUACGAUCCGAAAUCGAUGUAUAUAUUGAAGGUAUUCGUAGUAAUAUCGAUGCUUUAGAAGAUAUUGUCAGUGAUUGUUUAGAGUCCACUAGCACACCAUUAAAAUUAAUUCAGUGUAUUAUUAAAAGAACCGAUGAUAUCAGAGCUCAACUCACAGACUUAAUUGUUAACGCUAAAAAAGCAAUUGCCACUGGACCAAAUCGAUCUAUUCAAAUAAUUAGAGAAGCUCAUAGUUGUGUUAGAAGUGCGAAUGUCGAGUUCCAAAAAGCUGCUGGUGAAAUAAUUUCCAACGUUCUACAUUGUAUCAAAAAUGGAUUUCCAGAACCUGAACCCGAACCUGAGCCAGAACCUAAGCCACAACCAGAACCUAAGCCCGAACCUGAACCACAACCAGAACCUGAACUCGAAUUAAAACUACAACGAAAAUAAAUUCAGGAGCGUAAGAAUUGAAGAAUAUUUUAUAACACAUGAUAUAAUAAAUUUAAACCUACUUCACACAUACAUAAUUGUACCAAGUGUAAGAUAAAAUUUCGUGUCAACAAAUAAUUAUCCAAAAACAUUUUCAAUUAUGGAAAUUCACAUUGGUUUAAUUUUGCCUCUUUUUUUUUAACUUUUUUUAAUAUCUUUUUUACUAGAUUAUUGAAUAAAAUUUACUUAAAAUACUAA